AUGGAGCCGUCACCAAAACGACAAAGGCUAAACACCCCUGCCACAUUCAGCGAUCACGAACGGUCCAUCGGGCAAUCAAGCAAUCAAUCCCAUAAUCAGAUCCGGAGCACGUUCGAAGGUGCCGGUAUCUCACAUUCCAAUGGAAACUUCAAUGUAGCACGCGAUGUAUCUAUCUACAAUCUUUCUUUACAACAGUCCACCGCCACCGACCCGAGGCGGACACUGUUGGAUUCACUCGAGUUCGAACAGAUCGACGCCCGCCACCAGAGCAUUCGGAAAGAGCACGUUAACACGUGCCGUUGGUUCUUGAGCACAGAACAAUACAGACAGUGGGAGGAGAGGUGGGGUUCACCACAACGCGAAAACUUCUUGUGGAUUAGAGGCAAGCCUGGAGCCGGGAAGUCGACGUUGAUGAAGUUUCUGCUUGGGCAGAUUAAGAAUCGCAACCGGCGGAAGAAGAGCCCUGGCAUUCUCAUCUCCUUCUUCUUCAAUGCCAGAGGCGGCGAGCUUGAGAAGUCGACUAUUGGGCUGUAUCGAUCAUUACUGUGGCAAUUACUCAACUCGCAACCCGAUCUGCAGACAGUCUUAGCAGACAGCUUCCGACCAGGUCAGCAAUGGACCGUCGAGUUGCUUCAGUCUCUACUCGAGGAAGCUGUACAAUGCUUAGAGGAAAGGCCGACGACGUGCCUAAUUGACGCACUUGAUGAGUGCGAGGAACAGCAGAUCCGCGAUAUGGUCAAGUUUCUAGCCAGGCUUUCCAAGGACAGUCCACUCUAUAUCUGCUUUGCUAGCCGACACUACCCGCAUAUUUCUAUAGCGACAAAUCUCAGCAUCGUCCUGGAAGAGCGCGACGGCCACCAAGAAGAUAUUGCCACAUACCUGAGCAGCGCGCUACAGAUCGGACAUAGCAAGCUCGCGGAGGAGAUACGGUCCGAGCUGAAGGAGAAGGCAUGUGGUGUCUUCAUGUGGGUGGUCCUUGUGGUGGAUAUCUUGAAUAAGGAAUACGACGCUGGCCGUAAGCAUAGGCUUCGCGAGCGGCUUCAACAGCUUCCGGGUGAUCUUGACGCGCUAUUCCGCGAUAUUCUGACCCGUGACACCAGGAACCAGGAGGGACUGCUAUUAUGCAUCCAAUGGGUCUUGUUCGCCGCGCAGCCUUUGACGCCAAAGGAGUUAUACCUCGGAAUUAUGGCAGGCAUUGAACCGGAAUAUCUUCCUGACUGUCACUCCUCAGAGACUUAUUCCGACGACGAUAUACGAAAAUAUAUCCUAAACAACUCAAAGGGCUUGGCCGAAUCGACGAAAUCCAAGAAACCAACGGUCCAGUUCAUACACGAAUCCGUACGAGAUUUUCUGCUGAAAGAGGAUGGCCUUAGCAAGGUGUUUCCAAAUCUUGGGCCGAACGUUCUCGGGUACAGUCAUGAAGCGUUGAAGAGCUGUUGCCUAAGAUAUAUGCGUAUGGAAGCAUUGGUCGCGAUCGGAGAUUCGUCCCGUGAGGCUGCCAUCACAACAUACCCGCUCCUGGAGUAUGCCAACCGAGGCAUUCUAUACCAUGCGGAUCGCGCAGGUGACAACGGUGUACGCCAGCACAGCUUUCUCGAUGAUUUCCCACGUCCAGCAUGGGUGCAGCACUACAAUAUGCUUCAGAAGUAUGGGGUGCGCCGCUACACGUCGAAUGUCAGUCUUUUGUAUAUCUUGGCGGAGGCCGGAAUGCCGGCACUGGUUCGCGCCUACGCGAAUCGACAGUCGUGUUUCGAUGUGGAGGAUGAGCGCUACGGCCUUCCGAUUCUGGCAGCAUCGGCCGUGAAAGGUGCCGCUGCCGUACAAGCAAUGCUGGAGGCCGAGGCCCAUCGAGUGCCAGGGUUUUCUUUUGGUGACUUCUGUACUGAGCUUUUGUCUUCGGUCGAGUUAUCAAAUGCGCCAAGUCGAAAUUUUCGAUUUAAAAAGGAAAGAAAUCUGUUGCAUCAGCUUAUUGACUACGGAGACGAAUUCAUCUCACUCUUCUUUCUCAAAACACGACUUAGCGAUGAACUUCAAGGCAGAUCAGGAGCGGAUGUUCUUAUCAAGGCUGCUCAAAGGGACUUCAGCAUUCUCUUCAAGCAGCUUAUUGACCACGGUGCCGAUAUAUCGGCUGCGGACAAAGACGGAUACGACUUAUUGUACCUGGCAUCUAUUAAUGGGAUGGUCGAGAGAGCUAAGCUGCUUAUCAACCACGGUAUCGACGUUAACACCCAGGGCGGAUCCUACGGCAACGCUCUACAGGCUGCUUCACUAAAUGGGCACCAGGAGAUCGUGCAGCUGCUGCUCGAUAACGGGCCGACGUUAACGCCCAGGGCGGGCAACACGGCAACGCUCUACAGGCCGCUUUAUUAA